AUGAGUAGACCAGUCCUCAGCUUGCCAAUACGGGCGCUGUCAUCGACUCAACCCAAUGCCUCACAAUGGGUCUGCAGGAGAUGUCUUGCGACCCAGGCAGAGGCGCCGACAUCGACCACUCCUAUCCCACCAGCAAACCUGCCAGACCGAUCUGUAACGAGCACACCCAAGUAUGAUCCGACGCUACCGGCAUCUCAGAGAAUAGGUCCAGAUGGGAAGGUGUAUCGUCUCAACAGACGUGACUUCCUGCUCAAGAAGCCACUGGGGCAGGACAGAAUACCGACGGCCUAUUUGCAGCACAGUACUGCCAAACAUCUACACAUCAAUGAGAAAGCGCAAAGGGAGAAGACAGUACCGCAUAAGCAGAUCAUUGGCGUGGUUGUUAGCCAUGGCAAGAUGGACAGGACUGUGAAAGUGCGGAUUGGGAAACAGACCUGGAAUCCUCGCAUUGGAAAGUACUUCAAAGAUCACGAUAAUCUUCUGACGCACGACCCGAACAACUCCUUGACCACCGGAGACGUGGUUGAAUUGCACCGUCUACGAGUGAGCAAACGAGUCGGCCAUGUAGUAGCCAAGAUAAUCUCGCCAUUUGGAAAACCGAUUGGUCAACGACCACCAAUCCCAAAACCCGACGACCGGCUGGCAGCAUACAAGGAGAAGCGCUUCGCAAAACUAGACCGACGUGAACUGCGCCGCAAAGCCGCAGAAGGCGACGCAGAGGCUAUCGAGAAACUGAAGAAGGUCGAUCUCGACCCUGGCAAGGGCGCUGAAGUUGGGGUUGGCAAGGGCAAGAAGGACAAUGUACAGGCCAAGGGCAAGACUGCUGCAGGGAAAGGUGCCGUCUUAGGUGAGAAGGGGCAGAAGUUGCCAAGCGGUGUGCUACCAGGUGGUAAGCAUGAAGUCGGUAAGAUCAAUACUAGGGCGAAGCACAAUAAGGAGACGGCGAUGAAGUUCGAAGCUCAGGCUGCUGAGAAUUUGUCUGAGGCGAAGGAGAAGGCGGAGAAGUUGGAGCAAAAGGGCCUUGAAUCGGACUCUGCGCUGAGAUAG